AUGACAGAGCUCUGGGCCCCAAAGAUUUCGAUCACUCUCUACUCAGAAGGGCCCCAGACAGAUUUCUCUCGAGGACCGCACUGGAACCAUGAAUCUCCUUUCCCACCCUUACUUUGGGAAUCCACCUCCCCAGAGCAAGGCUCUCGCUCUCUUAAAAGCACAGCUAUAAAAGGCCUGCUAAAGGAUCAGUCAGCGCUCAGUCCCGAAAUAUUCACAGCGGUUCCCUGGAUUAUAGCAGAAGACCUCUGGGACUGUCUUAAGAGAUGGUGUGUUCUUACCCCCCAGUCCAUUUCGUCACGUCUACUAAUUGUCUCCAGUAAUAAGCAAACUCUCUACAUGUGGAAGAUAAUGGUAAUAAACUACGCACAGUUUCGAGAGUACACGCCAUACUACCGUCUAGUUGCCGAUAAAUGCAAGCAGCCAAUACGUCAAUAUUUUGAUUUAAUGAACAAUACUAAUUGCCUCUGGCGCUCGGUUCUGUCAUUCUCAUCUGAUUUCGCAGACGUGACAGACCUGGUUGCACUGUCCAAUAUUAAAAACAUCGUUGCCUUGGAGAUAAACCAACAUAUGAGGUUCAAUCAAAGGAAAAUUGACACAAGCAUGCAAUCCGACCAGUCUAAUUCGGACUCACUGAGAAGAGAUGGCCUUCGCGAUGGGAUUGUGCGCAGUUGGAUGGAGAUGGUCCAAACAAAAGACUCAUUCCAGCACCUCCGCAUACUACGACUUUACAACCAGAAGAGAUUGAGUCCUCAUACUCUGACAAUGUUUGAGAAAUUUCCACAGCUAAACAUCAUAGUUUUGUGUGGAUGUGAUCUGUUCACAGAGGCUAUGGGACUAGGGCCCCGCAACCAAAGACAUGGCUUCAAGCUGGAGGGUUGGAUAGCGCGGAGACUAGACUGGAUCCAAAAAGAAGAUUUUGAUGAUGCUGAGAUGCUCCAACCACUGUUGGAACUCUACAAUAACACUCUUAAGACGGGCUAUCGAUGUUUCGAUAAAUGCGCGGAAGAGGAAGAUCCCACGCCAUCAUCAUUGCAGUCCAGUCUCCCACUUAUGGAAUUUCAGAUUCCUGAAGCUGUCGCUAUUCCUCAAAUGGAAUACAAAGAAAAUUUUGCGGCGAAGUCAAUUGUUAUCCUGGUCAAAGCAUCAAAGCAACCGUCGUUGGAGAGGAAGAGGCCGACUGGUCACAUUAGCUCCGAGGUUGGGAAGAAGAAGAGGGUCAUGAAAGAUCGGGGCGGGCAGGAUCUAAGCAGUGUACUCGGUCAAUUUCUCUGA